AUGCAGGAUAGUACAAUCCAAACAAGUUCCACACAUUCACCAUCAGCUACCCAGUCAGAACACACAUUAAUAACUUUUAACUCUGAAGCAACUGCCACUUCAAGCAAUAAUGAAGACACAACAACAGACAUAACUAGACAACCCACUGAAACCUCAGAAGUGGCAGUAGGAACAAGUCAGGAAUCUCCAGGAUCGUCUUCCACAGAAGUACCAGCUACUUCAUUUCCAACAACAGAAGCAAUUACAGCAUCAGAAAGUCCAAUCCAAACGAGUCCCACAGUUUCUACAGCAGAGGGGUCAACACACAUUAUUGUGUUCUCUUCUACUGAAGAUGUCCAUUCAACAUCAUCCAUAACAAAAUCUCCUAAAACAUCAUCCAUCUCUUCUGAAACUAGUGACAUGACCUCAGAGUACGCAUCAGCAUUUCCAACCACAGAUCAAACCAUAGCUUCAUUUUCUACCGCUGACUACUCCUCAACAAUACUACCAACAUUCACAGAAUUUACAACUGAAACACCUCCAACAACAGAAACAUCCACAGAAAUAUCUCCGGUUUCCUCAUCUGAAGCCACACAUUCACCAUCAGCUACCCAGUCAGAACACACAUUAACAACUUUUAACUCUGAAGCAACUGCCACUUCAAGCAAUAAUGAAGACACAACAACAGACAUAACUAGACAACCCACUGAAACCUCAGAAGUGGCAGUAGGAACAAGUCAGGAAUCUCCAGGAUCUUCUUCCACAGAAGUACCAGCUACUUCAUUUCCAACAACAGAAGCAAUUACAACAUCAGAAAGUCCAAUCCAAACGAGUCCCACAGUUUCCACAACAGAGGGGUCAACACACAUUACUGUGUUCUCUUCUACUGAAGAUGUCCAUUUAACAUCAUCCAUAACAAAAUCUCCUGAAACAUCAUCUAUCUCUUCUGAAACUAGUGACAUGACCUCAGAGUACGCAUCAGCAUUUCCAACCACAGAUCAAACCAUAGCUUCAUUUUCUACCGCUGACUACUCCUCAACAAUACUACCAACAUUCACAGAAUUUACAACUAAAACACCUCCAACAACAGAAACAUCCACAGAAAUAUCUCCGGUUUCCUCAUCUGAAGCCACACAUUCACCAUCAGCUACCCAGUCAGAACACACAUUAACAACUUUUAACUCUGAAGCAACUGCCACUUCAAGCAAUAAUGAAGACACAACAACAGACAUAACUAGACAACCCACUGAAACCUCAGAAGUAUCAGUAGGAACAAGUCAGGAAUCUCCAGGAUCGUCUUCCACAGAAGUACCAGCUACUCCAUUUCCAACAACAGAAACAAUUACAACAUCAGAAAGUCCAAUCCAAACGAGUCCCACAGUUUCCACAACAGAGGGGUCAACACACAUUACUGUGUUCUCUUCUACUGAAGAUGUCCAUUUAACAUCAUCCAUAACAAAAUCUCACGAAACAUCCUCCAUCUCUUCUGAAACUAGUGACAUGACCUCAGAGUACGCAUCAGCAUUUCCAACCACUGAUCACACCAUAGCUUCAUUUUCUACCGCUGACUACUCCUCAACAAUACUACCAACAUUCACAGAAUUUACAACUAAAACACCUCCAACAACAGAAACAUCCACAGAAAUAUCUCCGGUUUCCUCAUCUAAAGCCACACAUUCACCAUCAGCUACCCAGUCAGAAAACACAUUAACAACUUUUAACUCUGAAGCAACUGCCACUUCAAGCAAUGAUGGAGACACAACAACAGACAUAACUAGACAACCCACUGAAACCUCAGAAGUGGCAGUAGGAACAAUUUCCUCAUCUGAAGCCACACAUUCACCAUCAGCUACCCAGUCAGAACACACAUUAACAACUUUUAACUCUGAAGCAACUGCCACUUCAAGCAAUAAUGAAGACACAACAACAGACAUAACUAGACAACCCACUAAAACCUCAGAAGUGGCAGUAGGAACAAGUCAGGAAUCUCCAGGAUCGUCUUCCACAGAAGUACCAGCUACUUCAUUUCCAACAACAGAAGCAAUUACAGCAUCAGAAAGUCCAAUCCAAACGAGUCCCACAGUUUCCACAACAGAGGGGUCAACACACAUCACUGUGUUCUCUUCAACUGAAGAUGUCCAUUUAACAUCAUCCAUAACAAAAUCUCCUGAAACAUCAUCCAUCUCUUCUGAAACUAGUGACAUGACCUCAGAGUACGCAUCAGCAUUUCCAACCACAGAUCAAACCAUAGCUUUAUUUUCUACCGCUGACUACUCCUCAACAAUACUACCAACAUUCACAGAAUUUACAACUGAAACACCUCCAACAACAGAAACAUCCACAGAAAUAUCUCUGGUUUCCUCAUCUGAAGCCACACAUUCACCAUCAGCUACCCAGUCAGAACACACAUUAACAACUUUUAACUCUGAACCAACUGCCACUUCAAGCAAUAAUGAAGACACAACAACAGACAUAACUAGACAACCUACUGAAACCUCAGAAGUGGCAGUAGGAACAAGUCAGGAAUCUCCAGGAUCGUCUUCCACAGAAGUACCAGCUACUUCAUUUCCAAGAACAGAAGCAAUUACAACAUCAGAAAGUCCAAUCCAAACGAGUCCCACAGUUUCCACAACAGAGGGGUCAACACACAUUACUGGGUUCUCUUCUACUGAAGAUGUCCAUUUAACAUCAUCCAUAACAAAAUCUCCUGAAACAUCAUCUAUCUCUUCUGAAACUAGUAACAUGACCUCAGAGUACGCAUCAGCAUUUCCAACCACAGAUCAAACCAUAGCUUCAUUUUCUACCGCUGACUACUCCUCAACAAUACUACCACCAUUUACAGAAUUUACAACUGAAACACCUCCAACAACAGAAACAUCCACAGAAAUAUCUCCGGUUUCCUUAUCUAAAGCCACACAUUCACCAUCAGCUACCCAGUCAGAACACACACUAACAACUUUUAUCUCUGAAGCAACUGCCACUUCAAGCAAUAAUGAAGACACAACAACAGACAUAACUAGACAACCCACUGAAACCUCAGAAGUGGCAGUAGGAACAAGUCAGGAAUCUCCAGGAUCGUCUUCCACAGAAGUACCAGCUACUUCAUUUCCAAGAACAGAAGCAAUUACAACAUCAGAAAGUCCAAUCCAAACGAGUCCCACAGUUUCCACAACAGAGGGGUCAACACACAUUACUGGGUUCUCUUCUACUGAAGAUGUCCAUUUAACAUCAUCCAUAACAAAAUCUCCUGAAACAUCAUCUAUCUCUUCUGAAACUAGUAACAUGACCUCAGAGUACGCAUCAGCAUUUCCAACCACAGAUCAAACCAUAGCUUCAUUUUCUACCGCUGACUACUCCUCAACAAUACUACCACCAUUCACAGAAUUUACAACUGAAACACCUCCAACAACAGAAACAUCCACAGAAAUAUCUCCGGUUUCCUCAUCUGAAGCCACACAUUCACCAUCAGCUACCCAGUCAGAACACACACUAACAACUUUUAUCUCUGAAGCAACUGCCACUUCAAGCAAUAAUGAAGACACAACAACAGACAUAACUAGACAACCCACUGAAACCUCAGAAGUGGCAGUAGGAACAACUGAAGCCACACAUUCACCAUCAGCUACCCAGUCAGAACACACAUUAACAACUUUUAACUCUGAAGCAACUGCCACUUCAAGCAAUAAUGAAGACACAACAACAGACAUAACUAGACAACCCACUGAAACCUCAGAAGUAUCAGUAGGAACAAGUCAGGAAUCUCCAGGAUCGUCUUCCACAGACGUACCAGCUACUUCAUUUCCAACAACAGAAACAAUUACAACAUCAGAAAGUCCAAUCCAAACGAGUCCCACAGUUUCCACAACAGAGGGGUCAACACACAUUACUGUGUUCUCUUCUACUGAAGAUGUCCAUUUAACAUCAUCCAUAACAAAAUCUCACGAAACAUCAUCCAUCUCUUCUGAAACUAGUGACAUGACCUCAGAUAACAUGACCUCAGAGUACGCAUCAGCAUUUCCAACCACAGAUCAAACCAUAGCUUCAUUUUCUACCACUGACUACUCCUCAACAAUACUACCACCAUUCACAGAAUUUACAACUGAAACACCUCCAACAACAGAAACAUCCACAGAAAUAUCUCCGGUUUCCUCAUCUGAAGCCACACAUUCACCAUCAGCUACCCAGUCAGAACACACACUAACAACUUUUAUCUCUGAAGCAACUGCCACUUCAAGCAAUAAUGAAGACACAACAACAGACAUAACUAGACAACCCACUGAAACCUCAGAAGUGGCAGUAGGAACAAGUCAGGAAUCUCCAGGAUCGUCUUCCACAAAAGUACCAGCUACUUCAUUUCCAAAUAAAGAAGCAAUUACAACAUCAAAAAGUCCAAUCCAAACAAGUCCCACAGUUUCCACAACAGAGGGGUCAACACACAUUACUGUGUUCUCUUCUACUGAAGAUGUCCAUUUAACAUCAUCCAUAACAAAAUCUCCUGAAACAUCAUCUAUCUCUUCUGAAACUAGUGACAUGACUUCAGAGUACGCAUCAGCAUUUUCAACCACAGAUCAAACCAUAGCUUCAUUUUCUACCGCUGACUACUCCUCAACAAUACUACCAACAUUCACAGAAAUUACAACUGAAACACCUCCAACAACAGAAACAUCCAAAGAAAUAUCUCCGGUUUCCUCAUCUGAAGCCACACAUUCACCAUCAGCUACCCAGUCAGAACACACAUUAACAACUUUUAACUCUGAAGCAACUGCCACUUCAAGCAAUAAUGAAGACACAACAACAGACAUAACUAGACAACCCACUGAAACCUCAGAAGUAUCAGUAGGAACAAGUCAGGAAUCUCCAAGAUCGUCUUCCACAGACGUACCAGCUACUUCAUUUCCAACAACAGAAACAAUUACAACAUCAGAAAGUCCAAUCCAAACGAGUCCCACAGUUUCCACAACAGAGGGGUCAACACACAUUACUGUGUUCUCUUCUACUGAAGAUGUCCAUUUAACAUCAUCCAUAACAAAAUCUCACGAAACAUCAUCCAUCUCUUCUGAAACUAGUGACAUGACCUCAGAGUACGCAUCAGCAUUUCCAACCACUGAUCACACCAUAGCUUCAUUUUCUACCGCUGACUACUCUUCAACAAUACUACCAACAUUCACAGAAUUUACAACUGAAACACCUCCAACAACAGAAACAUCCACAGAAAUAUCUCCGGUUUCCUCAUCUGAAGCCACACAUUCACCAUCAGCUACCCAGUCAGAAAACACAUUAACAACUUUUAACUCUGAAGCAACUGCCACUUCAAGCAAUAAUGGAGACACAACAACAGACAUAACUAGACAACCCACGGAAACCUCAGAAGUGGCAGUAGGAACAACUGAAGCUACACAUUCACCAUCAGCUACCCAGUCAGAACACACACUAACAACUUUUAUCUCUGAAGCAACUGCCACUUCAAGCAAUAAUGAAGACACAACAACAGACAUAACUAGACAACCCACUGAAACUUCAGAAGUGGCAGUAGGAACAAGUCAGGAAUCUCCAGGAUCGUCUUCCACAGAAGUACAACCUACUUCAUUUCCAACAACAGAAGCAAUUACAGCAUCAGAAAGUCCAAUCCAAACGAGUCCCACAGUUUCCACAACAGAGGGGUCAACACACAUCACUGUGUUCUCUUCAACUGAAGAUGUCCAUUUAACAUCAUCCAUAACAAAAUCUCCUGAAACAUCAUCCAUCUCUUCUGAAACUAGUGACAUGACCUCAGAGAAUAAUGAAGACACAACAACAGACAUAACUAGACAACCCACUGAAACUUCAGAAGUGGCAGUAGGAACAAGUCAGGAAUCUCCGGGAUCACCUUCCACAGAAGUACAACCUCCUUCAUUUCCAACAACAGAAGCAAUUACAGCAUCAGAAAGUCCAAUCCAAUCGAGUCCCACAAUUUCCACAACAGAGGGGUCAACACACAUCACUGUGUUCUCUUCAACUGAAGAUGUCCAUUUAACAUCAUCCAUAACAAAAUCUCCUGAAACAUCAUCCAUCUCUUCUGAAACUAGUGACAUGACCUCAGAGUACGCAUCAGCAUUUCCAACUACAGAUCAAACCAUAGCUUCAUUUUCUACCGUUGACUACUCCUCAACAAUACUACCACCAUUUACAGAAUUUACAACUGAAACACCUCCAACAACAGAAACAUCCACAGAAAUAUCUCCGGUUUCCUCAUCUGAAGCCACACAUUCACCAUCAGCUACCCAGUCAGAAAACACAUUAACAACUUUUAACUCUGAAGCAACUGCCACUUCAAGCAAUAAUGGAGACACAACAACAGACAUAACUAGACAACCCACUGAAACCUCAGAAGUGGCAGUAGGAACAAGUCAGGAAUCUUCAGGAUCGUCUUCCACAGAAGUACCAGCUACUUCAUUUCCAACAACAGAAGCAAUUACAACAUCAGAAAGUCCAAUCCAAACAAGUCCCACAGUUUCCACAACAGAGGGGUCAACACACAUUACUGGGGUCUCUUCUACUGAAGAUGUCAAUUUAACAUCAUCCAUAACAAAAUCUCCUGAAACAUCAUCUAUCUCUUCUGAAACUAGUGACAUGACUCCAGAGUACGCAUCAGCAUUUCCAACCACAGAUCAAACCAUAGCUUCAUUUUCUACCGUUGACUACUCCUCAACAAUACUACCACCAUUUACAGAAUUUACAACUGAAACACCUCCAACAACAGAAACAUCCACAGAAAUAUCUCCGGUUUCCUCAUCUGAAGCUACACAUUCACCAUCAGCUACCCAGUCAGAACACACACUAACAACUUUUAUCUCUGAAGCAACUGCCACUUCAAGCAAUAAUGAAGACACAACAACAGACAUAACUAGACAACCCACUGAAACUUCAGAAGUGGCAGUAGGAACAACUGAAGCCACACAUUCACCAUCAGCUACCCAGUCAGAACACACAUUAACAACUUUUAACUCUGAAGCAACUGCCACUUCAAGCAAUGAUGGAGACACAACAACAGACAUAACUAGACAACCCACUGAAACCUCAGAAGUGGCAGUAGGAACAAGUCAGGAAUCUCCAGGAUCGUCUUCCACAGAAGUACCAGCUACUUCAUUUCCAAGAACAGAAGCAAUUACAACAUCAGAAAGUCCAAUCCAAACGAGUCCCACAGUUUCCACAACAGAGGGGUCAACACACAUUACUGGGUUCUCUUCUACUGAAGAUGUCCAUUUAACAUCAUCCAUAACAAAAUCUCCUGAAACAUCAUCUAUCUCUUCUGAAACUAGUAACAUGACCUCAGAGUACGCAUCAGCAUUUCCAACCACAGAUCAAACCAUAGCUUCAUUUUCUACCGCUGACUUAUCCUCAACAAUACUACCACCAUUCACAGAAUUUACAACUGAAACACCUCCAACAACAGAAACAUCCACAGAAAUAUCUCCGGUUUCCUCAUCUGAAGCCACACAUUCACCAUCAGCUACCCAGUCAGAACACACAUUAACAACUUUUAACUCUGAAGCAACUGCCACUUCAAGCAAUAAUGAAGACACAACAACAGACAUAACUAGACAACCCACUGAAACCUCAGAAGUAUCAGUAGGAACAAGUCAGGAAUCUCCAGGAUCGUCUUCCACAGACGUACCAGCUACUUCAUUUCCAACAACAGAAACAAUUACAACAUCAGAAAGUCCAAUCCAAACGAGUCCCACAGUUUCCACAACAGAGGGGUCAACACACAUUACUGUGUUCUCUUCUACUGAAGAUGUCCAUUUAACAUCAUCCAUAACAAAAUCUCACGAAACAUCAUCCAUCUCUUCUGAAACUAGUGACAUGACCUCAGAGUACGCAUCAGCAUUUCCAACCACUGAUCACACCAUAGCUUCAUUUUCUACCGCUGACUACUCCUCAACAAUACUACCAACAUUCACAGAAUUUACAACUGAAACACCUCCAACAACAGAAACAUCCACAGAAAUAUCUCUGGUUUCCUCAUCUGAAGCCACACAUUCACCAUCAGCUACCCAGUCAGAAAACACAUUAACAACUUUUAACUCUGAAGCAACUGCCACUUCAAGCAAUAAUGGAGACACAACAACAGACAUAACUAGACAACCCACUGAAACCUCAGAAGUGGCAGUAGGAACAACUGAAGCCACACAUUCACCAUCAGCUACCCAGUCAGAACACACAUUAACAACUUUUAACUCUGAAGCAACUGCCACUUCAAGCAAUAAUGAAGACACAACAACAGACAUAACUAGACAACCCACUGAAACCUCAGAAGUAUCAGUAGGAACAAGUCAGGAAUCUCCAGGAUCGUCUUCCACAGACGUACCAGCUACUUCAUUUCCAACAACAGAAACAAUUACAACAUCAGAAAGUCCAAUCCAAACGAGUCCCACAGUUUCCACAACAGAGGGGUCAACACACAUUACUGUGUUCUCUUCUACUGAAGAUGUCCAUUUAACAUCAUCCAUAACAAUAUCUCACGAAACAUCAUCCAUCUCUUCUGAAACUAGUGACAUGACCUCAGAGUACGCAUCAGCAUUUCCAACCACAGAUCAAACCAUAGCUUCAUUUUCUACCGCUGACUACUCCUCAACAAUACUACCAACAUUCACAGAGUUUACAACUAAAACACCUCCAACAACAGAAACAUCCACAGAAAUAUCUCCGGUUUCCUCAUCUGAAGCCACACAUUCACCAUCAGCUACCCAGUCAGAACACACAUUAACAACUUUUAACUCUGAAGCAACUGCCACUUCAAGCAAUAAUGAAGACACAACAACAGACAUAACUAGACAACCCACUGAAACCUCAGAAGUGGCAGUAGGAACAAGUCAGGAAUCUCCAGGAUCGUCUUCCACAGAAGUACCAGCUACUUCAUUUCCAACAACAGAAACAAUUACAGCAUCAGAAAGUCCAAUCCAAACGAGUCCCACAGUUUCCACAACAGAGAGGUCAACACACAUCACUGUGUUCUCUUCAACUGAAGAUGUCCAUUUAACAUCAUCCAUAACAAAAUCUCCUGAAACAUCAUCCAUCUCUUCUGAAACUAGUGACAUGACCUCAGAGUACGCAUCAGCAUUUCCAACCACAGAUCAAACCAUAGCUUCAUUUUCUACCGCUGACUACUCCUCCACAAUACUACCAACAUUCACAGAAUUUACAACUGAAACACUUCCAACAACAGAAACAUCCACAGAAAUAUCUCCGGUUUCCUCAUCUGAAGCCACACAUUCACCAUCAGCUACCCAGUCAGAACACACAUUAACAAGUUUUAACUCUGAAGCAACUGCCACUUCAAGCAAUAAUGAAGACACAACAACAGACAUAACUAGACAACCCACUGAAACCUCAGAAGUGGCAGUAGGAACAACUGAAGCCACACAUUCACCAUCAGCUACCCAGUCAGAACACACAUUAACAACUUUUAACUCUGAAGCAACUGCCACUUCAAGGAAUAAUGAAGACACAACAACAGACAUAACUAGACAACCCACUGAAACUUCAGAAGUGGCAGUAGGAACAAGUCAGGAAUCUCCGGGAUCACCUUCCACAGAAGUACAACCUCCUUCAUUUCCAACAACAGAAACAAUUACAGCAUCAGAAAGUCCAAUCCAAACGAGUCCCACAGUUUCCACAACAGAGAGAGUACGCAUCAGCAUUUCCAACCACAGAUCAAACCAUAGCUUCAUUUUCUACCGCUGA